UUCACAACUCGUCGGCAGCUCCGUCAGGGUCUCAGUAACACAAAGCACCAAGCGCCGGAAGCUCCACGCGCUGGUCACCGGAAACACGUCACGGGAUGCGAGUGUAACAACACAGCCGCGUGUGGGAUUCAUGUGGAAACCUGUUUCCAGUGCUCCAGAGGUGCUACCAUGACUAUUGUACUUGGGUUUGAAGGAAGUGCCAAUAAAAUUGGUGUUGGUAUCAUCCAGGAUGGGAAGGUUUUAAGCAACCCACGCAGGACUUACAUUACACCUCCAGGACAAGGCUUUAUGCCCAGCGAUACUGCCCGUCACCAUCGCUCUUGUAUCUUGGAUGUUCUGCAAGAGGCUUUAGCUGAGGCACAAAUACAGCCACAGGACAUAGACUGUGUGGCGUAUACAAAAGGACCUGGCAUGGGUGCUCCUCUACUGUCGGUUGCCAUUGUUGCACGUACAGUGGCCCAGCUGUGGAAGAAGCCUUUGUUAGGAGUAAAUCACUGCAUAGGACACAUUGAGAUGGGGCGGCUGAUCACAGGUGCAGAAAAUCCCACUGUUCUGUACGUGAGUGGAGGAAACACACAGGUCAUUGCCUAUUCAGAGCAUCGAUAUCGCAUAUUUGGAGAAACCAUAGACAUUGCAGUGGGGAACUGCUUGGACCGUUUUGCCAGAGUAUUAAAGAUACCCAAUGACCCAAGCCCUGGUUAUAACAUUGAGCAAAUGGCUAAGAAGGGGAAGAAAUUUGUGGAGUUGCCAUACACGGUCAAGGGGAUGGAUGUGUCUUUUUCUGGCAUUUUGUCUUACACUGAGGAUAUGGCACAUAAGAUGCUUUCGUCAGGAGAAUGUACAGCUGAGGACCUCUGCUUCUCCCUUCAGGAAACGCUCUUCUCAAUGCUGGUGGAGAUCACUGAAAGGGCCAUGGCUCAUUGCGGGUCUCGGGAAGUGUUGAUAGUUGGAGGAGUUGGAUGUAACAUACGUUUACAGGAGAUGAUGGAAAUAAUGUGUAAGGAACGAGGGGCCAAGCUAUUUGCCACUGACGAGCGAUUCUGUAUUGACAAUGGUGCUAUGAUUGCUCAGGCUGGUUGGGAAAUGUUCCGCGCUGGGCAUGUUACCCCAAUACAGGACUCAUGGAUAACUCAGAGGUACCGAACAGAUGAAGUGGAAGUGACGUGGCGGGAUUAAACGUCUAAAAUCUUAGUUCUAUACAUGGCAGAACAGUAAUCUGUAGCCGGAAGAGAAUGCAUCCGCAAAUUCAUACAUUGCCGCCUCCUACACUUUUAAUACAAACUUUGCCUAUUUAAAUCAUUGAAACGUUCCAUAUGUUUUAAGGAAAACUUGCUUGAACUACAGCUUUUGUUGUUUUUUUUGCAAAAGAGUUAAUUUCAUUAACCCCAUUUUCAGUGUAUUUAAUAAUUUGUGGGUUAUGUUCUUCUCUCCAUUCAAUUCUAUACUAGAACGUUUCAGUUCAUGCUUCAGCUGAAGCCGUGUGCCAUUAUAUCGACUGCUUUGUUUCCACAGUUUGUCUAUAACCCGCACAAUACAAUUCGUUACCUAGAUUAUUAAUUUUAAUACUGUUUCUCUCACUAUGUAUCAUGUGGCUUAUACAAAGACUGCAUGCUGUACGUUUAUUUCUCAAUGCAAACAAGGACACUGUUCCUUUGGAA